AAUAGAAGAUAGUGAGGCGAAUCACUGGUCUUAGGGUUUCAGAGAGAUCAGAUAAAACGAUGAACGUGAGCCAGUUCGACGGAAGCGCCGCCUUCCACGGCGGUGGCUUCAUGCCCCCCGCCGCCAACCCAACCCCCGAACACUCUUUCUUUCCUUCCAAGAAUCGCGACGUCCAAGCACUGCUUCCAGUGACCCUUAAGCAGAUCAGCGACGCCAUUGCCGGCGAAAAUGGUAAAAGCGAUUUCUCUAUUGACGGCGUCGAUGUGUCCACUGUUAAGCUUGUGGGAGUAGUGCAGGAGUUUGUUGGAAGAUGUACAGAUGCUACUUUCACUCUUGAUGACGGGACCGGCCGGAUUGAAUGCAACCGAUGGUGUCAGGAGCAAAUAGACACUGCCGAAAUCGAAGAAAUCUCGAACGGAAUGUACGUUCGGGUUCAUGGGCGCUUGAAAACCUUUCAAGGGAAGAAGACCAUACAAGUGUUCUCUGUUAGGCCUGUGGAUGACUAUAAUGAGAUUGCAAGCCACUUUAUCGAGUGUAUGUACGUACAUUUCUUCAACAGCAAGUUACCGAAACCACAGGUUGGUGUAGGUGUCACAACUCAGCCAUAUAUGACAAUUCCACCAAAUCAGGUAUCUGGACAACAUAGCCUCUAUGGACAGAGGAGCAUUGAAGAAAGGGUCUUACAAGUUUUGAACCAGCCUUUAUACCUUUCAAGGGAUGCGGGAGCAAAAGCUGAGGAUAUUGCCCAACAACUGAAAGUACCAGUGAAAGAUGUCAUACAUGCUGCUAGUAAUCUUGCUCAUGUAGGCAGUAUUUACGAGAUCGAUACGUUGCACUAUAAAUCUCUUGCCAAUGGUUGAGCAAAGCUAACAGAAAAUAGUCUUAGCCUCGAUUUUGUGCUCUUUUACUUUGUUAUGUAAAGCCCUGAAGGUAAACUACAAACUUGAGAUACAGAUGAUUGUAUAUUUCAGUAAGUAUUAGCACUUGGACACCUGAGUUAUUAUUAGUCGGGUCAUUUCAUCUCCAACUCAGUGUCAAUCUGUAUGUUGAAGUUGUUGAUACUUUCUGUUUCUUCAUC